CAGUACGUGAUAAUUCUGCUUAAUUUCAUCAAAAGAAGAAUUUUGAUUACAUUGCAAAACAGUGUAAUAGUUAGUUUUGUCUAUUUUUUCUGCAACUGAAGGGUUUUCCAUAAAAUUCUCAAUCCUUCGCAUAAAUUUCCGAUAUGAAAAAAACGGUUUUUACAAUAAUUCUUACAAUUGAUAUGUCAUUGGCUAUAAUACCAUUGGUAGUGAAUACAUGGGGAUUCCAAAAUGCAACAAAAGCAGCUUGGGAAGUUUUAGAAUCUGGAGAAAUAAAUAAAAUAGAUUUAGCCGUAGAAGCGCUAGCAGCUGGUUGUAAAUCAUGCCAGGAUGAAAGGUGUGAUACCACAGUUGGUUUUGGAGGGUCUCCUGAUGAAAAUGGAGAAACUACACUUGACGCUAUGAUCUUUGAUGGAAAUACGCUCGAUAUGGGAGCAGUUGGGGGUUUAAGGAGAAUCAAAGAUGCUAUUCACGUAGCCAAGCACGUUCUAGAAAAUACAGAACAUUCACUUCUAGUAGGAAGCUUGGCUACAAAAUUUGCCAAAAAUUUAGGAUUUCCCGUAGAAUCAUUGUCAACCAACUUUUCGUUGGGUUUGUGGGAAAAUUGGAAACAAAAUAAUUGUCAACCCAAUUUUUGGAAGAAUGUAGUACCUGAUCCUAAAACAUCUUGUGGUCCUUAUAGUGUGACAGAAGAACCUAUUUCAAACGAAAUUUUCAAAUUUCCCUUAAAUAAAUUUGAUAAGAAAAAUCAUGACACCAUAGGAAUGAUAGUAAUAUCUGGGAACAGACAUAUUGUGGCUGGAACUUCUAGUAACGGUGCUAAAUUCAAAAUUCCAGGACGAGUUGGAGAUUCUCCCAUACCAGGUGCAGGUGCUUAUGCAGAUAGCGAAAUAGGAGCUGCUGUUGCUACUGGAGAUGGUGAUAUCAUGAUGAGAUUCUUACCAAGUUUUUUAGCUGUUGAACAAUUACGACAGGGAGUAUCUCCUGCGAAAGCAGCAAACGUAGCAAUAGCAAGGAUAGCUGAAAAGUAUAGUACGUUCUUUGGUGGAUUAGUGGUUGUUGAUAAAGAUGGGAACAUAGGAAGUGCCUGUAAUGGUAUGGAAAAAUUUCCUUUCACAGUAGCUAACAAAAAUUAUCCAAGUGGAAUAAUUAAAUAUAAUGUAAAUUGUACUAAUUAUAAUAAAUAAUUUUUUA